AUGGCCGCCGUGUCUCAUCCAUCCCGUUCUGAACCUCUCUCUACCGACAACACCACAAGCACUAUCAGCGAUACUGCGCCGAGCAAGUUUGCUAGUGAACGAGAAGCCCACAGAGACCUCACGUCCAAGUACCGCUAUUCCACGGCGUCCAACUUCACCGUCCCGCAGACUGCGCCCGAAAGCAGAGGCGCCGAAAGCGACAUCGCGUCUCUCGCAGCCAACCCAAACGUGGGUGUCACAGCUUCUGCUUCGGGAUACCGCCCUCACCACUCCAGCUCCCCGUCCAUCGUUUCCGUGCAACCUGGUCCUUCCUCAAAGUCGCCGCGCUCCGGCUCCCUGCUUGCGUUUGCUACGGCCGCCAUUGACCGGACCCAAACUGCCUUAUCCACGGCCGAGCAAAAGAUCCGCCCGAGACAGUCGAACGGCCGUCUCUCUGUUGGCGCCGAUUCAUCUGGUGUUCCUCAGUUCCCUACCUACUACUCGUUGGAACGGUCGCCAACCAACGCAUCUGCGUCUACGGCAUCUACACCGCAGUCUGGUAGUCAAAACAACGACCACAAGAGCGAAACCCGUCCGCCUCCGACUGUCCUCACCGCGACCAGCAGUGACGACGUAUCCCAGUCGGCACCGCUUUCCGGUAAACCUUCGGAUCAUCUCCAGCACAAGCUCUCUCAGUCCUACGCCAAGCCAUACGACCAGGCAGACCCUACUCUCCCGCUCCCCAUCCGUCUCCCCAGAACCGACAACAAGAUGCAUCAAACAUCCUCGCGCCUGUUGCGCAUGACCGACGACGACCGGCCGUUUACAAAAGACUUUAAAGAUUUGUUUGCGACACUGAUUGUUAGCUUGCUGCCAUUGUCGGCGCAUCGUGUUCGCCUUACCAAGGUCGAGCACACAUUCCUGUCCGAAGAUGCCAUCAACAACCUCGGCUCGCUCAAGUUCUCACAGUCCAAUCGAAUGCCCGACCCCAAAGACCCGACCCGCAUCGUAACCACCACCACCACCACCACCUUCUCCAUGGCCAAGGACAUGGCCCGCUCCAUAUGCCAACGCUUCCUCGAGGCCCGCUUUAUUGAGUCUGCCGACGGCAAGUACCAGCAAGUCUACACGAUGAAGGGAUCCGUGUGGCAGUUGACGCCAAAAGGCAUUUCCAUUCUCGACCGUUUCUGCUCGCGCAACGGUAUUCAGCAGAAGCAGGUCGGCGAGCUGAUUGGUCACUCCACAGCGCAAAUCGUUAUCCUCGAGCGCGACAGCCAAACCGACAAGCUCGUGAGCGACCGCGGCACAAUCGAGGUCAUCUUCCGCCGCUUCAUCGGCGUGAAUGGCCUUAAUGUCAAACAGAGCGUCAACGCUGCCGACUCCGACUCUCUCAGUGACUAUCGUGACGGUAUGACCGGCGUCAAGAUUGCGAGCGAACGCAAGGUGUCGGGCAAGACGUUCAAGGACACCUUCUCCGGCAAGGCUGCCGUUGAUUGGCUUAUGGACUGCUGCACGACCGUCGACCGCCGUGAGGCCAGCGAGAUCGCCUCGUUGUUUUCUGAGUACGGCCUUAUCGAGGCCGUCCAGCACGACCGCAUCUUCCAGAGCCAAGUUCCUGGCUCCCACCUCUUCCAGCCCACCAAGAACGCCAUCUUCCAGCUGACGACCAAAGGCCGCGACCUGUUCAACGGCACUAUCUCACGCGGCCGCUCUUCCGAAAGUGACGGCGGGACCGCCCCACGGCCUGGCAUUGCCCGUGACUCGAACACCCAGCGCCUGGACAAGAUCCUCAACGAUGCCGCCCUGCGCCUGCUGUUCCGCGAGAACCUGCGUGAGACCCACUGCGAGGAGAAUCUGUCCUUCUACCUGGACGUUGAUGACUUUGUCCGCAGCUGCCGCCAGUCGAUUCGUCUGGCACAAAAGAGCCCCGGUACGACGUCGAUGGAUGGCAUUAAGGAGAUAAUGGCUCAGGCGUAUGGUAUCUACAACGCGUUCCUGGCGCCCGGUUCGCCCUGCGAGCUCAACAUUGACCAUCAGCUGCGCAACAACCUUGCCACCCGCAUGACCAAGGCCGUCGGCCAGGAUACCGCCAUGAUCGACACCCUACACGAAGUGACAACCCUAUUCGAGGACGCGCAGAACGCUGUAUUUAAGUUGAUGGCCAGCGACUCCGUUCCAAAGUUCCUGCGCCACCCCAAGUAUGAACACACGCUGCGCAACUACGACUUUGACGCCAUCGUCAUUGGCGGCAACCGCAUGCCCGAACGGAGCCAGAGCCGCUCGAACCGCAAAUAA